UUUCUUCUUCUCCUGCCUGCCUUCAAUGCCAGGCGGAGGACACUCAAGGAUGUUCAGAGAAUCAGAGUGGUACCCAGCAGCAGGAGAUGCCAGGUUGCUAGGAGACCGGCACAAGGUUAGGUAUAGGCAGUGCUUUUCCGUUCCCUUUUUGGCCCAAAGCAGAGGGCUUCAGGUGCUUCGAGAGGAGGAGGAGGAGGAGGAGGCAGAAGAGGAGGAGGAGGCGCCUGCUGCCGGAGGUGCCCUUCAGAGGAGGCUCUGGGCGCCUGAUGGCGAGGAAGGACCUUCAAGGGGCGAGGAAGGGGACCGGCAGCACCAGCAGCAGCACAGAGUGAGAAGGAUCUGGUCCAGGGGAGGAGGAGGAAAAGGAGGAAGAGGAGGAGAGCCCAAGUCAAUGCGGAGUCUGGGAAGGUCAGGCGGGCACCCGGCUCGGGAGGAAGGUAAAGGCGAUGCUGGGCAACGCGGAAGGAUGCUUGACUUAGGCACCGGUGGGCGAUCCGAAUGUCAGAGGAGAACAACGCUGAGGAUGAUCAUGGGGACCACCACCAGCACAGCUUGUAUAUGCUGGUCCUGCUGGUCAUGGUCUUCUUUGUCAUGGGCCUGGUGGGAUUCCUCAUUUGCCACGUCCUGAAGAAGAAAGGCUACCGCUGCCGGACGUUCAGUGAUGAGUUUGAAUCAGACAACAAGGAGUCGCUGACCCCAACAGAAGAUGAUAAGGAUGAAGAGCUGAAUGAGGACACUGUAGAGAAGAUAGUGAAAUGUAUCAUUCAGAAUGAAGCCAAUGUGGAAGUUCUGAAGGAAAUGCUAGGGGAAGGUGACACUGAUCCUCCACUGCCGAUACCCGUGCCCAGUGGCCUCUGUCCACAUCGCAACAGCCAAGAUGGUGGGCUACCCCAUCAUCACACAGUGCACUUGGGCUCAACUCAAGCACCUUGUAUUCAUUGCAGUAGGAAAAAGAGGCACUCACUGCAUCGUCAGGGACGCUCCAAGGAAAGCAAAGGCAAAAUGCAGCCUGGGGAGACAACUGUUUUCUCUGUUGGCAGGUUCCAUGUCACCCACAUUGGGAAGAAAUCUGUUUCUCAUGGAUCUCAGGACGAGUCUCCUUCUGAUAAUAAGCAGAACAUCUGCUCCACUGACGCAAGCCAAGAGCUCAACAGCAGCGAGAAGCCCCAGUGGGAGGGGUCUCUGAAUGGAAUAGUUCAGGUGGAUGGUCUUCAGCAAGGAACAUUUCAGCAGGUGGAUUCACAAUGUCAAAAAGGACUGAAGGAAGACCAUGCAGAUGAGUCCAUUCAAGGGAAGAAUUUUUUAACUGUCAUAACUAAUCCAGAUCAUUUUGUGAAUAGACCCGAAAGGAAAGAAUCCCCAAAUGUGAGUUCAUUGCAACAGCCAGGCCUCCCAGGUACUGAAAAAAGCUGUAUAUCUGAUAUUAAGUGCUCUGAAGGACCUAGAAGCCCUUGCUCAGAAGAUCUGGAGAAGGUCAAAAGCUUAGACAAAAAAGCUGGUACUACUGAGAAAGAAGGUAUCCAAAGGGCAUCUAAUGAAGUAUCAGAAAAUAAUGGGAGUCAAUUUCUUCAAACAGGACCCAAAGUCAGACUAUCUGUAUCUGACUAUGAGCUCAGAAGUGGAAGCAGCAUAGCACACCAGGAGCAGAGCUCUGUGCUGAAGGACUCAGGAGUCUCUGUGUGACAUUGCAGCUGCUCCUUGUUCAGGGUUGCCAACAGAACUGACACCAGGGUUGUAAGACUGAAACGGCCAGAUCGGAUCAAGCCAGGCCUGGCCAAGAGCUACAUGGAACUUGGUGUGUCCUAACCAACAGCACCAUGAUGUGUGCUUCUUCAACCAGUAAGACUACUGCACUUGCCAAGAGUUUCACUCCAUCACAAUACUUAUCCAACAGUGGAAGAAAAGCUGUGCAUAGGGGCAGUGCCUUGCUAUGGAACUGUCUACACAGCUCAAAAUUCCAGUCUGUUGUCUUGAAAGCUUUGCUAAGGCCCGUGUUUUACAAUCAUAUGCCAUUUGGGAUCCAUGAGCAUUUUUUCAAGAGGCUAGAAUCCUCUUCUUCACUAUGAUGGAAUAUAAGAUGUGGUGCUUUCAAGAAUCCUAGACUUUUAUUUGAUAACCUGAAGCUCUCAGCCACUGACGGAGACAAGUGACGAAGUGAAACAACUUUAGCCCAUUGCUCAUUUCCCCAGGAUACCCUUCCUUGUCAACUCUAGGAGACCCAGCCCUGAAGUGCCUCAGAAUCAUUCAAUUUUUGGAUUAGAACCUUUUAGAAGAAAACCACCAUCCUGUUCCAGAUGGUACCAUUUCUGCAUUAGCAUCAUUUUCCUGCAUGCCAGUCAGGUCCUGUCUAAAGGUCUGGUUAUGAGAUAUAAUGCAGAUCAUGCUAAGAGCAAAAGAAAACAGGCCAAUGUGGACAUAGUGAGUA